CGUGUUAUCAUGGCUGAUCCGGCCGAGCCGAUGCUUCGCCGUUGUUUAAAUGAAUGAACUAGGGAACAAAACGAGUUAUUAUUUUUCGAAUAAUGACGUACAUAGACUUGGAUGUGAUAUUUUAUGCUUCUGUUGACAUCACCCUUGUGUAAUUAGCAAACAGUUGACAGCUGAGUCGCUCCUGUUUAGCGCAUGUAGUGGUGUAGUAGGUGUAGUAGCGUGUGCAGCAGCGAGAAGUUGUUUCGGUUGAUUUGAUUUAUAAAGUUACGAUCCGUGCUCUGUAGGUUUCUCUUUCGACGUAUCCUACAUUUAGGCAGCGCAUAUUUAAUACAUCGAAAAGAUGCCGAAGAAAAAGUCCGGGCAGCGAAAAAAGGCAGAGAAGCAAAAGCUACGUCAAAAGGCGAUCCGAGAAAAUGCACAUCGAAUCGACCUAGCUAACCAUCCUUGCAACGCGAUUAUGGAAUGCGAAAAGUGUGCUCGGAAGCAGAAGAACCGUGCUUUCUGCUACUUUUGCUCGUCUGUACAGCGCCUGCCUAUGUGUGCAAAGUGCGGAAAAACAAAAUGUAUGAUGAAAACUGGAGACUGCGUCAUCAAACACGGUGGACAGUUUACGACGGGCAUGGCUAUGGUGGGUGCAAUUUGUGAUUUCUGCGAAGCAUGGAUAUGCCAUGGCAGGCAGUGCUUGACAUCACAUGCUUGCACAUGCCCUCUGCAAGAUGCAACAUGCAUAGAGUGCGAGCGAUAUGUCUGGGAGCACGGAGGACGCAUUUUCCGAUGCUCGUUCUGUGACAGUUUCCUCUGUGAAGACGACCAGUUUGAACACCAGGCCAGCUGCCAAAUUCUCGAAGCGGAGACCUUAAAAUGUCAGUCUUGUAACAGACUAGGGCACCACUCUUGUCUUCGCUGCAAAACUUGUUAUUGUGACGACCACGUCAAGCGUAAAGGGUUCAAGUACGAACGCAACCAACCAAUCCCUUGUCCAAAGUGCGGCUACGACACGCAGCAGACCAAGGACCUCAGCAUGUCUACACGCCAUCACACCUACGGUCGACAGGGAGCAGCGUCCAGGUACCAAGAUGAAGAUGCCGAUGGCGGAGGUUAUGAGAACGGAGAGGGUUACUACGGAGCUGGUGGAGGUGAUGUUGAGUACAGUGAAGAUGAUGAUGAUGAUGACGAUGAUGAUGACGACGACGACGAUGAUGAAGAAAGCAGCGAUGAGGAAGAGGAGCCUGAAGGCGAAGGGAAAAGUGCCAAGGAGAAGGAGUGAUACGCUUACUACACUAAGUGAUUUCGCUAAAAAAAUAAAAAAUCAAUGGUACACUUUAAUGCA